AUGGCAGAUGGUUCCCAGGUUGUCGGCAAGGUCCCGAAUCCGAACGCAGGACGGGCCCAUUUUACUACAGCGAGUGAAGUGGCGACAAUGGAUUUUGUUAGCUGGGUUCUUCCUUCGCCCAACAAGAUUGAAGCCCACUUAUAUAGCCCAUCUCGGCCUAAAAAGAUUGUUGCUUUGAGGAGCUAUCUUAAACUGGUCGACUAUCUUCUACCGAUAGACUCAUCAAUAUCGGCAUCAUAUUUAUGGCACGGCGAUCUUCAUACCGAGAACAUCUUUGUUGACCCUCAAGAGCCAACAAAUAUCCUUGAUAUCAUAGACUGGCAGUCUACUGAGUUGCUGCCUUUAUUUGAUCACGCCCGCGACCCAUAUCUUCUCGACUAUGAUGGGCCUCGUGUCAAAGGUCUUGAGCCCCCAGUCUUCCCUAACUUGAGCCAACUUUCCCUAGAAGAUCAAAAGCAAGCCAGAAGUCUUUACCUUGUGAUGUCACUUUCGGCUUUACAUAAGACACUGACCUAUCGUGAUAACCCUGAGCUUUACAAAGCUAUGCAAUUUCGUCAUACCCGCUGCUUUGAAAUGUUACUCCUUGCGCAAAAUCUGCUCGUUGAUGGCGAGGCAUUGUAUCAAGCUGCUGUUUUGGAAUUUGAAGAUGAAUGGCCUAAUCUGUCCAGUGUACAAGCAUCUGGAGGUCCAGGCUACCCUAUUCAACUAAGCCCAAAUGAGAUACAGAGUCUUGAGUAUGACGUGGCAGGCACAAUACAAGGCAUGGAGUUAUUGAAUGAGGUCCAGGAAUCACUUGGUGAAUUUUGGCCUGAGAAGGGUGUCGUGAAGCAUGACCAGUAUGGUACUACUAAACUGCUUCUGAACCACGCAAAGAAAAGAUUAUCCGACAAAAUGGGGUAUUCGGAAAAUGAGAAAGCUUUGUGGGACAAGUUGUGGCCAUUUGAUAAUUAA